AUGGUCGCGGUGCAUACAUCCCUUUAUUCGUCCCCGUUGGCCGAGUGGAUAUGCUGUCUAGAUAAAAGGCCGUCGGAGCGCUCCGGGGAGGACGUGGACAUCAUCCUCACCCGGCUCCGGGAGGUGAAGGCCUUCCAGAGGUUUCCUCCUCCGCUGCUGCUGCAGAUCUGCUCCUGCGCCUUCUACGAGUACCUGGAGAAAGGCAUCACACUGUUCAGGCAGGGAGACAUCGGGACCAGCUGGUACGCGGUUCUGUCCGGCUCCUUGGAUGUUAAAGUGUCAGAGACUGCCAACCACCAGGAUGCAGUCACCAUCUGCACGCUGGGGAUCGGCACGGCGUUCGGGGAGUCCAUCCUGGACAACACCCCGCGACAUGCCACCAUCGUCAGCAGGGAGAGCAGCGAGCUGCUGCGCAUCGAGCAGAGGGAGUUCAAGAGCCUCUGGGAGAAAUACCGUCAAAGCAUGGCUGGAUUACUGGCUCCUCCUUACGGUGCCAUGGAGAGUGGAUCCAACAAUGACCGACUUGCAGACAAAGACGGCAUGAAUUCAGACUCAGUUGGCCUUCUGAACAAGCCAUACAACAAGGUUCCCUCAGAGAAGCUGCAGAGGGCAGGGAAGGUCCUUCGCAACGCCAUCCUGUCCAGAGCCCCCCACAUGAUCCGGGACCGCAAGUACCACCUCAAGACCUACAGACAGUGUUGUGUGGGGACAGAGCUGGUGGACUGGCUGGUGCAGCAGAGUGCCUGUGUCCACACGCGCUCCCAUGCAGUGGGCAUGUGGCAGACCCUGCUGGAGGAAGGGGUGCUCAACCACGUGGACCAGGAGCUGGGCUUCCAGGACAAAUACCUGUUCUACCGUUUCCUUGACGACGAGGAUGAGGAUACGCCGCUGCCUAGUGAGGAGGAGAAGAGGGAGAGUGAGGAAGAGCUGCCGGAGACCAUCCUCUUCCUCGCCCAGAUCGGCCCUGAUGCUCUGCUGCGGAUGAUCCUCCGCAAAUCGCCAGGCCAGAGGAGCGGGGAUGAUCUGGAGAUCAUCUAUGAUGAGCUGCUGCACAUCAAGGCCUUGGCUCAAGUCUCCAACACUGUAAAGAGAGAGCUGGCCAGUGUCCUGAUCUUUGAGUCGCACGCCAAAGCAGGGACCGUGUUGUUCAAUCAAGGAGAGGAGGGCACGUCGUGGUACAUCAUCCAGAAGGGCUCCGUCAACGUGGUGAUCUACGGCAAGGGCGUGGUGUGCACGCUCCACGAGGGCGAUGACUUCGGGAAGCUGGCGCUGGUGACGGACUCGCCGCGCGCCGCGUCCAUCGUGCUGCGGGAGGACCACUGCCACUUCCUGCGCGUGGACAAGGAGGACUUCAACAGGAUACUCAGGGAUGUAGAAGCGAAUACAGUGCGUCUUAAAGAACAUGAGCAGCCUGUGUUGGUGCUGGAGAAGAGUCCUCGAGCCUCGACCAUGGGAAGCAUCAAGUACACUGUGAUAUCAGGGACGCCAGAGAAGAUUCUGGAACACUUUCUGGAGACCAUGAGGAUGGACACGCAUCACAGUGAACCAGACCCAGCGGUGGACGACUUUGUCCUCAUGCAAUGUGUCUUCAUGCCCAACAGCCAGCUGUGUCCUCUCCUUCUGGCUCACUAUCACGGUGCGGCCCCGCCGGGCUCGGAGCAGGAGCGCGUGGAGUACACGGUGGCCAUCAAGAGGAAGGUGCUGACCCUGGCCCUGCGUUGGGCCAGCACACACAGCUACCUGCUGCAGGAGGAGCCCGCCGCACUCGCCUUCCUGGAGGAGCUGUACGGAAGUGUGACCAACGACUCCAGGAUGCUCAGAGCGCUGAAGGACUUUGUUGUGGACGUGGAGAAAGUCGUCAAACUGCAUUCUGAAGAAGCCAAAUCGUCCAAGAAGAAAAGCCUCAUCCGACAGUUCAGCCACGGAGAGGAGAGACUUCAAAAGAAGCAACCUAUUAGGAACCAGGACGACAUUCUGCUGAAGGUGUUCUGCAGUGACCACACCUACAGCACCAUCCGUGUUGCCGUGGCAGCCACAGGCCGGGAGGUGAUCAGCGCAGUAGCCGACAAGCUGGGCACCAACGAUGAGCUCAUAUUGGUCCACCUCAGCUCUUCUGGGGAGAAACUGAUCCUGAAGCCCAAUGACGUGUCCGUGUUCUCCACGGUGGGAAUCAACGGCCGCUUGUUUUCCUGUCCCAGAGAGCAGCUCAACGCACUGACCCCCCUCCCUGACCAGGAGGGUCCUACUGCUGGGUCCAUGUCCAGCUUUGAGCUGAUGAGCUCCAAGGACCUGGCCUACCAGAUGACCCUCUACGACUGGGAGCUCUUCAGCUGUGUGCAUGAGCACGAGUUGCUGUACCACACGUUCGGCCGCACCAACUUCCGCCGCACCACGGCCAACCUGGACCUCUUCCUGCGGCGCUUCAACCAGGUGCAGCUGUGGGUGGUCACCGAGGUCUGCCUGUGUGGGACGCUCAGCAAGAGGGUGCAGCUGCUCAAGAAGUUCAUCAAGAUCGCAGCGCACUGCCGAGAGUUCAGGAACCUGAACUCAUUCUUUGCGAUCAUUAUGGGGAUGAGCAACCCUGCAGUGAGCAGGCUGAGCCAGACCUGGGAGAAACUCCCCAGCAAGUUCAAGAAGUUCUACGCUGAGUUUGAAAGCAUGAUGGAUCCAUCCAGGAACCACCGGGCCUACCGGCUCACUGUCACCAAGCUGGAGCCGCCAAUCAUCCCCUUUAUGCCCCUCCUCCUUAAAGAUAUGACCUUCACACACGAGGGCAACAAGACGCUCAUUGACGGCAUGGUCAACUUUGAGAAGAUGCGUAUCAUCGCCAACACGAUUCGCCAAGUGAGACACUGCAGGAGCCAGCCGUUCAACCCGGAGAUCUGCCAGCCCAACAAGAACCACGCCGAGGUGCGUGGCUACGUCCGCAAGCUGUGCGUGGUGGACAACCAGCGGGCCCUGACGCAGCUCUCCUAUAGGCUGGAGCCCCGCAGGACGUGAACGAUGCCCCCUGCCCCUCCCCCUCCCUCAAAAGAACCGUCUGUCCUUCCCUGGAUCCGGGUCCCGGCGCCCGCAGGAACAUCCUCCCACCGUAGCCACAGCAGCCGGUCGUGACCACCCGCUCCGGCUCGGCCCCUCGGAC